GCUGCACAUUCACCGAAGAAUCACGCUAAACAAUCAGUGGGAUCGAUCAAUACAACGGUAAAUGAGCGCGAUGCUGUGGAUGUAAAACUUCAAGAAUUACACCAGAAUAUUCAACUAGAACACCCAACAAAUGCUAGGUUACAGAGAAGCCAGUUUGUCUUGGCUGCCCAUCUACAAAGGUGAUAGAGCACCACCUCACGCUGUGGAGGCUGAAAAAGAAAUCCAUGUGAUUCGAGCCCGUCAUCAAGAUGACGUGCUACCAGGAAAGUGGCCACUCCAUAUUGGGCACAUUGCCCACCUCCCAUUCCAUGAUUUGGAGGUUGAAGUGACCACUUUUGAGGUACUCUGUGAUACAGGUCUUUACUCGGGAAAAGCAAGUUGCCAUUGGCUUCCGGCAGAAGGUGGGCGGAUUCCUCAAAACGCCGUACAAGCCGGGGUACAAAAAGACGGCACACCCCUGUUUGUAGCACGCGCGAAGAUCAACAAUGAAAUGUGUGUCGGAAAAGCACUACCGACCCAAACGUUUGCACUUCUUCCUUGGGGUGGACAAGAACAUCGAGUGGAUUGCUAUGACAUAUUAUGCUGGACGUAGGAGUUCUUAACCCCUUAUCUUAUCUCCAUCCUUCGUUCUCCACACAUGCACAUCGAAACACUGUCCGCUCGCUGAACAGCGCUAACAGGUGACUGUUUACAUCUGCAUACCUGAAGAGUUUCUGUUUAAUAGAAUAUUUGACAGAAACGUGGUGUUUUUAUUCGUU